AGUGCUGGAGCGGAGGAGGGGAGCUUGGGACCCCCCGGCAGCCAGAGCAGGGGGUCCCGGGGGGGUCACACGCACCUGCCUGGCCAUGGCCGCCCCCCGGCCCGGGGCCCUCCUGGCUCGGCUCAUGGCUCCGCGUCCCGCCAGGCCGAGCUGGGGAGGGGGAACACGGGCAGACCCCCGCCCUGAUUUAAACCCUCGGCUUCCCACGAGCCCCUCCGAGCCGCCUUUAGCGCCCCGAUCCCCCUCAGAGCCCCCCAGAAAUCUCGGCGCCCCCCGCUCCUCACAAGGCCCCGGGCGCGCCCCACAAGGCCCCACCGCGCCUUUUGCCGCCUCCCAGAGCACCUCACAAGGCGCCGUCACCCCCCAGCUGUCCGCAGGCCUCACCCCCCGAUGCCGGUGCUGCCGUUUAUCCCGGUUUAACCCGUUUUGUCCCGGUUUAUCCCGGUUUGUCCCGGUUUAUCCGCACUCACUUCCUGCUCCGCCGGCCGCUGUCAACACCUCGCGCUUUACAGCACCGCCGUCGCAAAAGCCGCUGUCGUAAAAAGCGCCCUGCUUCGCGGCGCCGAAGAACUACAACUCCCAGCGUGCCCCACUCCCGGCAGGGAAAAGGCGGGAAAAACGUGAGGGAGCCGGUGGCAGAAUGCCCCGAGGUGGAAAAUCAGAUAGCGCCAGGAUGGGGAAACGCAGGAGCCGCCCAAUCCCAGGUGACAGGAAAUUCCACGCUCCCAAAGCCAAGCGGAUCCUUCAGGAAGCACCAGGAGCUGAUCCCCACGGAGAUCCUGCCGGGAUGGAUCCCACGAUCCCAGCAGAGGGGAAAACUCCCCAAAUUGGGGUUAAUGUGAUUUUACAGGAAGGGAGAGAUGAGCAAAUUGGAGGUGGCAGAGCAGUGGGAUCACCAAAACAGGGCAUUUCCGAUGGGGUGGAAGAGAAUCAUCUGGAAUUGCCCCAGCUGGGAAUUUUGGAAGCAGAUGGGGCAAGAGAGGAUGAGCUGGAGUCACCAAAACCAGGAAUUUUGGAUGGGGCAGGAGAGAAUUGUGGAGAAUCACCAAAAGCGGCAAUUUUGGAGGUGGAUGGGGCAGGAGAGGAGCAGCUGGAGUCUCUAAAAAUGGGGAUUUUGGAUGGAACAGCAGAGGAUCAGCUGGAAACACCAAAACCAGAGAUUUUGGAGAUGGAUGGGGCAGGAGAGGAGCAACUGGAGUCACUGAAAAUGGGAAUUUUGGGUGGAACAGGAGAGGGUCAGCUGGAAACACCAAAACCAGGAAUUCCAGAGGCAGAUGGGGCAGCAGAGGAGCAGCUGAAGGCACUAAAAAUGGGAAUUUUGGAUGGAACAGGAGAAGAUAGGCUGAAAACACCAAAACCAAGAAUUUUGGAGGUGGAUGGAGAGGAGCAUCCAGAGCCAGUGAAACCAGGAAUUCCAGAGGCAAAUGGGGCAGGAGAGGAGCAGCUGGAGCCACUGAAAAUGGGGAUUUUUGAUGGAACAGGAGAGGAGAAGCCGGAACCACCGAAAAUUGGAAUUUUGGAUGGAACAGGAGAGGAGCAGGUGGAAUCACCAAGACCAGGAAUUCCAGAGGCAGAUGGGACAGGAGAGGAGCAGCCAGAGCCAAACUGGGAAAUUCCCAGUCUGGGAAUUUUGGGUGGAACAGGAGAGAACGAGCUGGGACCAGCAGAACCAGGAAUUCCAAAGGCGGAUGGGGCAGGAGAGGAGCAGUUGGAGCCACUGAAAAUGGAAAUUUUGGAUGGAACGGGAGAGGAUCCGCUGGAAUCAUCAAAACCUGGAAUUCCAGAGGCGGAUGGGGCAGCAGAGAAGCAGCUGAAAUCACUAAAAAUGGGGAUUUUGGAUGGAACGGGAGAGGAUCCGCUGGAAUCACCAAAACCUGGAAUUCCAGAGGCAGAUGGGGCAGCAGAGGAGCAGCCAGAGCCAAACUGGGAAAUUCCCAGCCUGGGAAUUUUGGGUGGAACAGGAGAGAACGAGCUGGGACCAGCAGAGGCGGGGGGCUCUGGAGCCCACGAGGACACGGCGAGGGACGCGGCCCCCGAGGGAAGCCCGGAGGUGGCGGACGCAGCGGGAGAGGGGCAGGAAGGUGCCCUGCAGGGGGGAUGUGGCACUGGCAUCGCCCUGGGGACGGACACGGGGUCACCAGGCGGUCCCCGAGGUGCCCGGAGCGGUGGAGGGGGCGCAGAGAGCAGGAAUUGCCAGGGUGGCAGUGCCAGGAUGGCCACAGCGGGGUCAGAGCCAGUAGCCACCGGCACCGAGCCCCAGCGGGGAGGGACCAGCCCAGAGCUCCCAGCGGAGAAGCUCCUUUCUUUCCCUGCAGCCAUGGCACAGCACAGGCCAGACCCACACCGGAUCCACAAGGAACAGCCCAUGGGAAAGCGCCAAGGCCGCGGAGCCGGCGGACGCCAGCGACGUCAUCCGCGGGCUGAUCCGGGAGCUGUCAGACCUCAAGUAAGUCCUAAACCCGCCUGGAUUUCACUGGAAUUGGGGGUCCAGCACCCCCUGAGUGAUGCCCACGCCCCCCCACAGCCGCCUGGCCAUGGGAGCCCGCCGGGGGCUGGAGCUGCUGAGGAGGCCGAAGGCACGGCGUGGCCGCAGGGCGGUGCCCGCUGGAAGCCGCUGGAAAGAGGGGUAGGGACGCCAGGAGCAAUUAAUAAUAAUUAUCAUUUAUUGAUGGGAACAGCGGGAAUAAACCAAGCUUCGUCUGGAGAAUGGUUCCAGCACUCACUACCGGGGUCUUCACGCCGUCGUGGGUGAAAAAAUCCCACCAAAACCACCCAAACUCACCCAAAAUGCCAAGGAAUGGCUGUGGGACUGGGACAAAGAAUCCAACACUAGGAGCAGCAGCCCCUUCCCAGCCCCUUUUUGGCUGGGAUUAACCAAAACUCCACAAUCCCGCCCAAAAUACCUGGAAGCAGCUCCAGCAGCUGGAGCACCGGUCCCUUCCCAGUCCCUUUUUGGCUGGGAUUAAUCAAAACUCCACAAUCCAACCCAAAACAUCUGGUAACAGCUCCAGCACAUGGAGCACCGGCCCCUUCCCGGUCUGAGAUUAACCAAAACUUCAGAAUCCAACCCAAAACAUCUGGUAACCCCUGGAGCACCAAUCCCUUUUGGGAUUAACCAAAACUCAACAAUCCAACCCAAAACAUCUGGUAACCCCUGGAGCACCAACCCCUUUUGGGAUUAACCAAAACUCAACAAUCCAACCCAAAACAUCUGGUAACCCCUGGAGCACCGAGCCCUUCUGGGAUUAACCGAAACUCAGAACCCAAAACUCAGAGCUGGCCCCGCUGGCAGCACCCAGAUCUGGGGUGCCACGACUCCUGCGGGUGCCACGGCGUCGGGAGGCGGCACAAACUGGGCAAACUGGUCCCAGUGGAGCUCCAAGACUGGUCCCAGUCGAGCUCCACGC